CACAUCUACACACAUGCGGGUGGACGGCGGAUUCUGAAAGCGCCGUUAUUUUAACUGUGCUUGGAUAGCUCACACAACGCUUUACAGCGGUAUCCAUUGUGCCUCUUCUGGAAAGAAAGACUGGCCAGACAACGGGGAAUAGAAGAAAAUAUCCAAGGGAUGAAGAGACUGGCAUAGAGAUGAUCGGACGGGAAGUGCGCUUAAAUAGCUAAACCCGCAAAUCUGCCUUGAGUAAAAUAGAAUUAUUUGAACAGAGGAAAAAGACGCUUGCUUCUUCAUGCAAUUGAAUUAAAGUGUGUGUGGUGGGGGGGGAUCAAGGAGCCUCUUGUCUGUUCAGUGAGGACUCGGUAUUCGUGGGAUACGAGGAGGGGAGAAAGCUUGUAAUUAGCCCGGGUUGUCCACUUGAUAGUCGUCUGCGACUCAAUGGGGAGAAUAGUGGCGUGGGAAAAGUUUCCACCACUCGAGGAAAGGAGGACGGAAAGGGGCUACAUACAACCAAGACUGGCUUCAGCCGUGGCCCUGUAUGGAUGGCAGACUGAAGUCUACUGACAAUUAAAUUGCGGUCACUCGUGGAAUUAUGGGAGAAACCAGUGCCAGUUAUCAGGAAAUUAAAAUUAAUUUUAUGUUGACUUGACAUGUAUUGUUUGAUUGUAUUAUCAAAACAAUAUUUACUCAACACAGACUGAGCAUGGUCUGGAUCCAAUAAAGUAGGUAUUUGUGCGUGAACACUUGAUCUCCAAUUCAAUUGUAGGUCUACUAAAUGUGUGCAGGUCUUUGCACUAUUCUGCCACCUUGUCCUCUUCCAAUUGCCCUGUUCUAUCAGGGUGUAUCCCCAGGAAUUGGAGUCGCAGCUUUGGAAAUUCCGGAGAGGGACUCAGGAAAGGACGGGGCUCCAUCCAUGGAAAUACUUACGAAUAGGCCUUUUCCUAGUCACAGCAAGAGCAUGUUGGUAAAGAAGGCUAAGGGGCAUUAGACGUCAGUGUUUGUUUUCUCUUUCUUGUUUAUGUGAGGACAUUUCCGCCUUAAAUAACCCGGCAUAUGUCAAACAAUAGUUCCGUAACUGUGGCUUUAUUGCGAUGCCAAUACAACGCCGGCGGAGGGGUUUAUUUUGGGAAUACAGGAUGAAGUUCUACUCACACUGUCAGCAAAGUGCUUACGCGUGAAGUUUGAAAGGAUUAUUUUCCUCAUAGAUCACUGUAAAUUGGAAGCAAUUUCUGCAUUCAUUAUAGUCAACUUGCUUAAAAGCAUUAACAUGUAAUAUAUAACAUAUAAGAGAGGACAGGCAGGAGUUCUGUAGACACGAAUAGAAAUGCAGACGGGAUCUAAAAUCAAUAGAGGAUUAUUUUGACAGUGCAUUUACAAAGAAUGGCUAUGCAGGCAGCCAAGUAGUGAGAGCAUGAGGGAAUUUGAUCCAGGUUUCAGUUAUGCCAUUAUCUGCAGAAUUUGUCCCAAUAUACCAGUAGGCUACAGUCUGCUGUUUAGUCACGGGAGAGCCUUGGAAAUGUUACUGAAGUAGUAUUACUCAACUAAGUUUCUACAGUCAACAUAGUUAUAUUAUGUAAGAUUUUGACUACUCCCCAAAUCUUUUUCAAUGAGUCAAAAACAGUUGUCUGUACUUGGACUGCAACAGAAUGGGCACUGAAUGCACCAUGCCGACACAAGUGCGUCAAAACAGAGGGGAAGGUAUAAGAAUGGGAGUAUUGACGUCAUGAGGGGCAAUAAUUAACUGCUCAAAAUCCUGGAACAGUACACAGCUAACUUGGCAGACUUUUUCCCUGGAGAAGUUUCUGUGCAAAAUUCAUUUCCCCAAAACAUUUUAUUUUCUUUUACACUCAUUCUAGACUAGAGGGUACCACACUAUGGAUACAUUCAUAGCCUACAUUGCAAUUAGCUCUAUUGUCGUCUAAUUUCUGUUAGAUUAAAAAGAAACAUGGCAUCCCCCCAACAUCAGCAGCUGCUCACAGAGGUGAGCUGUGACUCGAGCGGCGAAGGCGGCGUCUCAGUGAGGAUCAGCAGUAGCAUCAAACACAAGCAUGGAGGAGGAGCCGGGGCGCUGGGUGGCAUUGGAGGAGGCUUCAUGGGGGGCGGGUCCAAACACUGCAAGUACAGCAUCUCCUCUAGCUGCAGCUCGGGAGAGUCCGGGGUUCUCAGGCCCGUGGUCAAGGGGCUGCGAACCCAGAGGAAGAUGCCCCAGCUGUUCGAGAGGUCCGCUGGGCACUUCUGGGACCCCAAGUUCGACUCUCCCAUCCUGGAGGAGGCAUGCAGGGAGAGGUGCUUUCCCCAGACCCAGCGGAGGUUCCGCUACGUCCUCUUCUACCUGUUCGCCGCCAGCCUCCUCUGGGGGGUGUACUUCAGCGCCAACCCCGACCGUUGUGACCGGACUGCCUUCCUUGUCCCCACCGCCUGCUUCCUCUUCUUCUGCCUCCUCCUCUUCCUGUUGACGUUCACAAGGAUCUACGCCCGCUGCUACAACCAGGCGUCGCUGCUGCUCAUCGUGGUGACCUUUGCCCUCACCCUGGCACCCCAGAUCCAGACAGCCGGCUUCAGGGACCUGGAGACCCUCCCUCCAGAGGAUGUGGUGGAGGACGUGGGGGACGUCAGUGGCAUGGAGCCCAGGAAUGUGACCUUCAACCGGGACUUACCCAGGGGAAGCGCCUGGGCCCCCUGCCUAUCUCCAGUAGGGACCUUCUCCCUGGGCAUGGAGGUAUUGCUACUACUCUACAGCGUCCUCCACGUCCGACUCUAUGCCUCUGUGCUACUGGGACUUCUCUACUCGGUGCUCUUCGAGGCUCUGGGAUGGCUCCACCUCACCCAGGCUGCUGGGGACGGUUGGAGCCAGGCCUCGGAGGGGGCAGACUCGGACUGGGACACUCUACGCUGGCUGGGGCCAGCCAAAGCUUUGCUCCACUUGUGCGCCCACGCCAUCGGCAUCCACCUUUUCAUCAUGUCCGAGGUGCGAUCGCGAAGCACCUUCCUCAAGGUGGGCCAGGCCAUCAUGCACGGCAAAGACCUGGAGGUGGAGAAGGCGCUGAAAGAACGCAUGAUCCACUCCGUGAUGCCUCGGAGGGUGGCCGACGACCUGAUGAAGCAGGGCGAUGAGGAAGGCUUGGCCGGCGGGAGCUCGGCCAAGCGCUACUCCAGCAGCGGUGCGGCUGCUGUCAUCUCCAGCCCCAAGAACAACAAGAGGAAUAAGACCUCAAUCCCGAGAGGCCAGAUCAUCUUCAGACCCUUCAACAUGAAGCGCAUGGAGCCCGUCAGCAUCCUCUUCGCGGAUAUCGUAGGCUUCACCAAGAUGUCUGCCAACAAGUCGGCCCAUGCCUUGGUGGGGCUCCUCAACGACCUCUUUGGACGUUUCGACCGGCUAUGUGAGCUGACGUGCUGUGAGAAGAUAAGCACCCUUGGGGACUGCUACUAUUGCGUGGCAGGCUGCCCUGAACCUAGGCCCGACCAUGCCUACUGCUGCGUAGAGAUGGGGCUGGGCAUGAUCCAAGCCAUCGAACAGUUCUGCCAGGAGAAGAGCGAGAUGGUUAACAUGAGGGUGGGCGUCCACACGGGCACUGUCCUGUGCGGUAUCCUAGGGAUGAAGCGGUUUAAGUUCGACGUGUGGUCCAACGAUGUGAACCUGGCCAACUUGAUGGAGCAACUGGGCGUAGCCGGGAAGGUGCACCUAUCAGAGGCCACCGCCAACUUCCUGGACGACCGGUACCAGCGGGAGAAUGGACAGGUCACUGAGAGGGUUGGACAGAGCGUGGUGGCGGAUCAGCUGAAAGGAUUGAAGACCUACCUGAUCUCAGGGAGGAAGGUGGAGCCGUGCCACUGUAGCUGUUCCCAGCUUCGCCUGGCUGGCCUGGAGCCUGGGGGGGACACCCGCUGUCCCACACCCCGUGCCCACACCCCAGAUGGACCCCCCAGAGCCCCCUCAGCCUGCGGCCUACCCCAGGAAGGGGCUCCCGACAGGGCCAAGUCUCCCUGUCUCUCCUGCAGUGUGGCUGUAGUACCAGAGGAGGAUCAGGUUCUGGAGGAGGGCAUGGUGCAGAACGGUUGCCAUGACGACCACACGACCAAUCGCAGCAAGGACACCUCAUCUCUCAAAUGUCCCUCCCAGGCCCCUGUAGGCCCCGUUGGCCGCAGCCCCAAGGCCCUGAACGGUCUGCUGAGCCCCAGGCUGGAGGAUCCCCUGACCAACAGCCAGACGUCCCUGAGUGAGAUGCUACAGGAGAAGGAGAAGAAGUGGGGUGGAGGGGCCAUGGGGAUGGGCAUGGACCACUCUGCCCUCAUCCCCCUGCGCUCCAAGAACUUCAGAGAGAGGAGCGACGCUCACUUUGUGGAUGUUAUCAAGGAGGACAGUCUGAUGAAGGACUACUUCUUCAAGCCUCCCAUCAACAAGCUGAGCCACACCUUCCUGGACAGAACCCUGGAGUCUGCCUACAGGACCAGCUACCAGGAAGAGGUGGAGACCCAGGCGGCGGUGCAGACCUUUGCCAGUCCUACCUUCAGCUCUUUCCUGGACAUGGUCCUGUGCUGCUCUGUGUUCCUGGCCCUCUCCCUGGCCUGCCUCCUCCGGCCCCUGCUCUCCCUCCCUAAGGCCCCCCUGCCUGCCCCGGCCCUCGCCCUGGCUGCUGUGGCCGCCCUGCUGGAGGCCCUGGCGAUGGUGCUGUCUAUACGGAUGGCCUUCUACCUGGACAGCGUGAUGAGCUGCACUAGGACCCUGCUGAGAGCCAUCUCUGGCUGGGUCCCCCGUCACCUGAUAGGGGCCGUGCUGGUGUCCCUGCCCACUGUGUCCGUCUUCUCACACGUCACCUGUGACAUGCACCUCUCCAUACAGUUCACCAUGCUCACCUGCUGUGCAGUGAUCAUUGCCAUCAUCCAGUACUGUAACUUCUGCCAGCUGAGCUGCUGGAUGCGCUCGGCCAUGGCUACCGUGGUGGGAAUGGUGCUGCUCGUCCUGCUCUUCAGCCCACCCUGCAGUUCUGCCAACAGUAUGUUAUUUUGGUCUGGUGACGCCACCAACAACAGUAACCACAGCAGUGUUGUGCAUGGUCAGCCUGAGCCCGCCGCUGACCCCGUGCCCCGCCCCCAGGACCUGCUGGGCCCCGAGGUGGGAGUGGCCUUCUUCCUGCUUUUGCUGCUCGUCUGGUUCCUCAAUCGCGAGUUCGAGGUCAGCUACCGCCUCCAUUACCAUGGCAACGUGGAGGCCGACCAGCACCGCAUCAAGAUCCAGAACAUGAGGGACCAAGCCGAUUGGUUGCUUAGGAACAUCAUCCCCAUCCACGUGGCAGAGCAGCUCAAAGUGACCCAGAGUUACUCCAAAAACCAUGGUAACGUUGGCGUGAUUUUUGCCAGUAUCGUGAACUUUAGCGAGUUCUACGAGGAGAGUUACGAGGGCGGCAAGGAGUGCUACCGCGUGCUCAACGAGCUCAUCGGUGACUUUGAUGAGCUGCUUCGCGAGCCGCCCUUCAACAACAUCGAGAAGAUCAAGACCAUCGGCGCCACGUACAUGGCGGCGGCCGGGCUGAACGCGCAGCAGUGCGCCGAGGCGCCGCACCCGCACGGCCACCUGCGGGCGCUGUUUGACUUCGCACUGGAGAUGAUGCGCGUGGUGGACGACUUCAACAAGAACAUGCUGGGCUUCAAGUUCAAGUUGCGCAUUGGGUUCAACCAUGGUCCUUUGACCGCGGGGGUGAUCGGAACCACUAAGCUGCUCUACGACAUCUGGGGCGACACGGUGAACAUCGCCAGUCGCAUGGACACCACGGGCGUGGAGUGCCGCGUGCAGGUGAGCGAGGAGAGCUACUGCGCGCUCAGUGCCAUGGACUACAACUUCGACUACCGCGGCACAGUCAAUGUCAAGGGCAAAGGUCAAAUGAAGACCUUUCUGUUCCCCAAGAGUGCGGACAGCGGUGCCCCCGUGCCUCAGUACCUGCUCUCCGUAUCGCCAGAGAUCCGGGUGCAGGUGGACGGGAGUAUCGGGCGCUCGCCAACGGAUGAGCUCUCUAAUAUGGUGCCUAGCUCCAUGGCUGGUGUACCCAGUACCACCAGUCCCUCGCACAGCCCUAGGGUGUCCACGGGUCUGCUGCGGCCUGAGAGGGGGAUGGUGGAGGCUGGAGAUAGGCCAGACAGCCGGGAACAAUACUACUGUAGCCCUACUACUACAGAGACCAUCACAGCCAGACGCUCCUCCUCCUCCUCGUCCUACGUUGGUCUAGCCUCCCUGCCUAUCACUAGUCAAGCUGGAGCUACUUUGAAAGUCCAACAACCCACUCUGCCCAUCAUUAGUUUAGGUGGAUCUCCUUCCACAAAAGUCCAACAACCAAAUAUGCCCAUCACUAGUCUAGCAGGUGCUCCUCAAACAUCGACAAAUGUCCAACAACCAAUUCUUCCCAUCACUAAUAAAGGUGAAGCUCCUUCAACCAACGUCCAAGAAUCAAAUCUGCCCGUCACUAGUCUAACUGGAGCUCUUUUGACAGUCCAACAACCAAAUCUGCCCAUCACUAAUAAAGGUGAAGCUCCUUCAACCAAAGUCCAACAACCAAAUCUGCCCGUCACUAGUCUAGCUGGAGCUCCUCCAACAAACGUCCUCCAACAACCAAAACCUGUGGCGCCUGCCUCCCUCCAGCCUCUCUCCCCUCAGAAUGCCACAGCAACUGAGUCACGGAAGGAGGUGGAAAAAGAGAAAGUGGAGAAGGACGAUGAUGACAUUAUUGGCGAGCUAACGAAACUCUAAGACUGUUAUGUCUGCGAUAGCUUUUUGCAUUAGCCUUCAGCCCUUUAAGUACGGUCUUUCUUGCGUUCCUGCCAGUUUAAGCUUAUUAUGGAACAAGCAUAUGUGACGAGAAGGCAUACAGGAGGAAGCACCAAAAUGGCAGACUGCAAGAAACCAGUUUCUGGCUCCUCUGUUGUCAAUUCUUCUCCAGGGUCGUGUUCAUUAGGGCACACCUUUUGUAAAACUUCUUGCAACUGUAAGUGAAAAUGAGCAUUUCUUUUUUAACAAGUUCAGAUACUACGUCUGUUUUCUUCCGGUUCAUGCCCACUGAACACAACCGAUGUCUCUGGUGGGCACUGUAUGGAUCACAGUAAGAGUGAAUAAGAAGAUGUGGAAAGUACGACGGGCGCUAUUACUGAACUUAUGUUGCUAUAGAAACCCAUAGCCUCCCAUGAUCUACUUGAUUCUCACUAACAUCUUUAGUCUUUCUUUUUGGUGUGGUUUUUUUCUUCUUUUUUUUCCCCCUGCCUUUGUUUUUGUAAUGUUUUUUGAUUAAGUGCCUUUAGCACAAAAUAAUGUGUAGACCAAGCUGAUCUGGACAAUGAAAGAGGAAGAAACAAUAAAGGGAAAAGAAAACUGGGAAAGACUUCUAUACUACAAAACUGUGAACCUUAUGUACAUUUUAAGGCAAAAGCUUGGUUUCUGUCAGUUUGUUAUAGUUGUCUUUGCUCUGUGUAGCUAUGACAUUGUUUUUGUUACUGUAGUUAAGGAGUUUACAAGAAUCAGCGCAAUAAGGAAUGCCACAGUGAAGAGUGAAUGAUGGGUUACAAAGGGAAGCAAGAUGGAGUCGUCUUUUCACAGUGAAUCACUUUAAAUUGUCUAAGAAAAGCACAGGCCUCGCACAACGCUCUCAGACAAACCCACAACAACAUCUAGAACAUCAGUCGGAAGGCCUGACUGUGUGCUUGUGUUCGUGCGCUACACUACAGUAAUAACUGCCGUCCACGGCCUCAUGUGGAGAGGUGGCUGUAAGUUGUCAUUCUGAAACAGAUGAAACCGUGGGAUGACUAAGAAGGUCGGGAGUGUGAUCAAGAAAUAAUGAAAUCCCUCUUGCUGAUGUGGUAUCUUUUCUCCCGGCCCUGGUUAAAAGUAAGGACCUCUGUCAUACCAGCCUCAAGCCCUCAACGAGACCUUGGUAAUAUAAAUUAGGGCAGAAUCCUAACUCCCACUUAAGUCUGUUUUAAGUCAAAGUCUCCCAUUGACAUCGAUGCAUGACUAAGUGAAAAUGUUUAAAUUAGGACUCAACCCUAACUCUUUAACAUAUAAUUAAUUAGCUUCAACUGCACAUUAGUGCUGCAAGUCUAUAAAGCUACAUUUUAGCACCACAGGUUGGUUCAUGUGCCAUAACCUCUUCCUAGUCUUUUACAGGAAUGCAAUCUGUUGUUAGGCUACUGUUGUGGAGGUUUGAAGUGCACACCUCUAGGUAGGCCUCCUAAUAGGUGGUUUCUAUAGAACGUACUGGCUUGCUUACAAUACAGUUAACAAUCUGCUAAAAUUGUUACAUGUUACACGUGCGUCACGUACAUAUCAUGUGGAAUAGGCAAGAGCACAACAGAUCUGGGACCAGGCUAAUCUUGAGUAGUCUCUUGUGACGGACCGUUAACAGAGAUUUAUUUCUGGCUGUUGUUGAGUGAUCCAGUUUAACGGAAUGGUAGAUAGGUAUAUUGACCUUCAAAUAGGACUUGAUCUGCUAUUGCCAUGCCCCACUCCUAUUACUCUACCGUCUGGCUAUUUAGAAUUACAUGCAAGGGAAUGCACCCGAUUCCUCUUGUUACGGCAUUCCUGCCAAAUCAGAUCCUGGAUAAUGAGGGAAGUUUCUAACAUGUGUCAUGUAAGCAACAUAUAAUAAA